CACAAUAAAGAAGAAAAUAUCUAAAUUGGUAGGACCUUCAAAGAACUUAAGAUUCCAAUAAAACUAUCCCAAAGUUCCACUCUUCAAAGAAGAAAGCAAAGGGGGUCCUAAUUCCUAUCCUAAUAUUACCAACCAUGGCAGGUUCACUAAUCAUCUUCUUUGGGAUGCUAGGGAAUAUUAUGUCAGGGCUAGUUUACAUAUCUCCUGCAAACGUGUUUUGGCGAAUCUGUAAGCGUGGAUCGACGGAGGAAUUCGAGAGCAUCCCUUAUGUUAGCAAAUUACUGAAUGCUUACUUUUGGAUUUACUAUGGACUUAUUAAGCCUGACAGCCUUCUAGUGGCUACUGUUAAUAUGUUUGGUGCUGUUGUGGAGAUCAUUUUUCUCACUAUAUUCUUACUCUUUGCACCUCCAAGGAUGAAGAUUAGGACUGCCAUUCUUGUUGUGGUCCUAGAUGUGGUUUUCCCUGCAGCAGCAAUUUUGUGCACUCACUUUCUGCUACACGGAGAUACUCGAAUCGACGUUGCCGGGUUAUUGUGCGUAGCCUUCAGUAUGGUUGCAUAUGCUUCACCUCUUUCAGCCAUCGUAGGGGGAAAAAAAAAAAG